AUGCUGACGGAGGCGGGCAAUUUACGAGCAGUUCCCUGUUGAAAUGAAUCCAAGACGCCUUUGAUCUUUGUCUGUACUGGCGGAAAGUUAUUCUCGUAAGAUGUAUAGAAAAGUCAACUCGUAUUUGCCGAACUCAAUCCCAUCGUACUUCAGGACAGGAAGCACGUGCGAUGCCGGAAGUGGUAACACAGGCGAAGUUCGGCAUCCAGAUAGUCUACAUGAUAACCAAGGAUAUUAUCAUCAGCAUUUUGUUUCAUAUAGUUCUACCAUGGACGUUACUCCUGCGGGAGCCAGAGCGCCAUACAUGCAUCCCCAUCUAUUUAGUGCAAAUAACCACAGAGUGCCGUCCAUGGUGAAAGAUUUUCAGAAAGAUUUUUCCAGUUCCAGCAUCAACAUUUCCCACAAUUGUAUUCCUAAAGACGAUCCUGAUAAAUUCCCACUUACCUCCAUUAGAGAACUUAGCGUAUUCCCAAGGUCGGUCUCUAUGUCAACCGAUGUUAGUAGUCCGUCAGAGGACGCUAUUGACAAAUUGGCAGAGAGGAAGUCGACAAGUGACGAUGAGAGCCAGGACAGUGAUAGUAGUCCUAGUAAACCCUUCUAUCCUUGGAUGAAAAGUCAAUUUGGUCCAAAUCGCAAACGGGGAAGGCAGACGUACACACGCUACCAGACGUUAGAGCUGGAGAAGGAGUUCCACUUUAACAAGUAUCUGACCAGAAGACGAAGGAUUGAAAUUGCACAUGUGCUAUGUCUGACGGAACGCCAGAUUAAAAUUUGGUUCCAAAACCGACGCAUGAAGUGGAAAAAAGAAGCGAAAUUUAUACCUAACUGUGAACCCAGCAAGGAUCGAAUUCCAAAAUGACCUAUGUCAAAACCUAGGUACAUGUAACAUGGCAGCACCAUACAAUACCGGAUGUCACAACCUAGGUUACCCAUCCAACUGUAUCAAGCACCGCGGGAUUUACCGUGAUAGAAACGGGCGUUAUUAUAAGCAAAGUAUAAACAUAAGGACACAACAUUACUUUGGAAAUUUUUAAUAUUUUUAUGAAUGAAUUUUGAGACGAACGAUUAAGUGGAGAUAUUGGCAUACAACGUGUUAGUGAAUUAUUACUAUCACCGAGUGGAAUAUAAUUCAUGGAAUAAUAAAUAAAUACAGGUAAAACUUUUGAGCCAUAUGUGUUGCAAUUUAUCAGCGGCAUACUCGGCCAGUUGUUUGUGGUACAUUAACGACAUCAACACAAUAGCAUUGCUUAUGUAUUGAUUUGAUAAUAUUCAACCGUAUAAAUCAUAAGUAAUGCAUUGAUGAGAAAUUCAUAUAUCUUUCGACAUAUGACGAUACGAUAAUAAAUACGAAAUAUGAAUUUAAUAAGUAUAUGUCUGUUAUGGUGCGUAUCAUAUACAUUAUGUUAGGAAUGUUUUGAAAAUGAACGGGAAAACAUUAGCAUUGAAAAUAUAACUUUGAUCAGACAUCAUUGGUACCUCCUCUAUAACACCAGCGUGCACGUGCGUGUAUGUUUCUCUGUAAGUGUCUGCUAUCCAAUAGCAAACUAGAGAUAUACAGUUUGUAAAUAAAUAAAGCACUUGAUUGUAUACGAUAAAUAUGUAAUAUUGUACUGAUAUAUCCGUAUAUAGUCUAUACAUACCUAUAUUCCGGUUGUUACACGUGAACCGAUUAUCAGUAUUAUAAACAUCAGAGUAUUACCAUGCGAACGCAUACUUAAUGACAUAUUUAACUGAUUUUUGAUUACAUCGUCCUUUUAACAAGAUAUUGUGUAGAUCACAUCUGUAAAAAAAAACGAAUUCUUAAAUAUGGCUAUUGAAUUCAGAUUGAGUGUGAUAAUAAAGGUUUAAGAAAAUAAAGAAAGUAGAUAUGUUUAUGAUUUAUAGAAUAGAACAUGAUAUAAAGUAUUUUCGAACAUUUUAUGUUUAUAGUAAUGAAUCAAAUUGUGUAUAAAGAUUUAUUAAUUCAGAGCGUCCUUAUCUACCCGCUCAGUCAAAACGAAACAAACAAAUACAUGUAUGGCAGUAGAGGUAGUCUUCUUUAUAUCCAACCUCAUAUAUAAAUGUAUGUAUCUAAAUGACGAUAAAAUAUUGGAGGUUAAAAUUGUUUCCCUCCGGCUGUUUUGAAAUUUAAUAUAAACAACAAUAUGACAAAAUCGAAGUUUAUUUUUCUUUUGUAAUUUGUUGAUCGCUGUCUUUCUGCUCCAUAAUAGAAUGGAAAUGUGAUUUGAUUGUUGAAGCUUGUAUUGCUAAUUAUAAAAUAAUUCUAUGCAAAUAAAAUCAUU